UCAUGUCUUAUAUCAUAUCUCAUUGCAAUGCAACAGUAGAUGCAAGGAGACAUCAUAUUUCAUUUCAUAACAUAAAUAUCUCUGUCCCCAGACCUUAAUUGCCUAUGAAACUUCUAAAAAAUACAAAACACACACAUUAUCUUCUUUUGUGUCACAAAAUUUGAGCCUCUCAUUUUACUAUUUGAAGAAAUUUUUGUGUGAAUUAAGCAUAGCUGACAAGGAGAAUCCAUAAUGACUCUUCAUCAUCAUCUUCGUCGCCUUUUGCGUAACACAAAUUCAAGCUCAACAAGUGCACCUGAUUCAAACUCAAGUGAUUCUUCCAUAGAUCCGUCAUAUUUUUUCACCAACAUGGUAUUUAUCUUUGUAGCUUUACUGUGUGCAAUAAUUUUUUCAUUUGGACUACACUCAAUUGUAAAGUUUGCUCUAAAAUGUAUCAAGGGAAGAUUUGCUUCUGAGACACAAGAUGAAACAAUAGUUCAUUUAGCAUCAAUGAGUGUAAAGAAAAGUGCAUUGAAUAAUAUCCCUGUAGUUGUAUAUGGUUCAGGUACUACUACAAGUUUUGAAGCCAUAGAUUGUCCAAUUUGUCUUGGGGAGUUUAUGGAUGGGGAGAAAGUUAGAGUGCUAUUAAAAUGUAACCAUGGAUUUCAUGUAGGGUGUGUUGAUAAAUGGCUUCUCUCACACUCCUCUUGCCCUAUUUGUAGACAAUCUUUAGUUAUGUAUCCAACUAGUUCAGAAGUUGGUUCUUAGUUCAUAUAUUAUGGACUAAUAGUAUUAAGUUUUGUAUAUACUGAGUCUAACUCGUCUUUAUAAAACUAGUUUAUAAAGUGAAUGGUGUUUUAUCUAUUUUCAAUGUGGAAUUUAGAAUUUUUCUCAAUAAAUUAUAAAUUGCAAUCAUACACACAAAUGUUGGAGUUCAUCAAAAAGAAAAGAAAGAUAAAUGGUGGAUAGAUUUUGAAGAGAAUAAUGAAUAAUCGGUGCCUAGUUGUUGUAACAAUGUUUCAAAUCACCCUAUGCGGUUUAGGUCAAUUGGGUCACAUUGUGAUACUUGAUAUUGCGAAUUAUAGUCAAAUUAUAAUUGAAGUGCUUCAAUAUUGUAUAAUUGUAAGAAGAGUUGAAUAUAUGUAUAAAGGUAUACUAUAGUAGAAAAAACUAUUGGUCGAUGCUCUCAUAGACUAUUGAGUGUUGUGAAUGUCUUUUGUAAUCUA